UUUAUUAUUAUUACUAUUAUUUGACUUCAUCCUGUGGGCUCAUCUGGCCCCGUGUCAAUCAGAGUUUUCAAGCGUCUAACUUCGACACACUAUCUUCAGUUGUUACAUAGCCCAGGGGUGACGAUCUGUCCGUUUUGGUUCGCCAACCACCUGAAAGGAGAAAAACACAAAAGAAGAAAAACACGGGAAGUCGAUUUGGAGACAAUUACUACUUUGUGUUUCAAAUAGCCCUUGAAGACCAAGUGAAUUGAAUAGGCCAGCUAAAUACCUCUCUCGACUGAAAAUGUCUAAACUACAGACGUUUCGUGUGUUUUUAAAUGAGCGCUUAGCGGCGGCUACUGUGGAGAUUUUGGGUGCAGUUGAGAAAACAGUUGCGGAAUACCAAGAGGAGAAUGAUCGCUUACGAAGACUGCUGCGAAUUACACCGAAGAUAACACUAUGUAGAAUUGAAUCCCUGGAGAACUCUCUCACAGUCUCUGAAGAACCGGUUCCAUUUGAGCAGCAGUGGAGCCCCACCCUGGGACAAAAGGCCUUAGAGUCCAUACAGAUUAAAGAGGAGGAGGAGGAACUCUGGACCAGUCAGGAGGAAGAGCCACUACAAGGACUGGAGGCAGAUAUUAUACAGUUUAAAUUCACUCCCCGCUCUGUGAAAAGUGAAUCUGAUCAGGGUGAUCCACUUCAAACCCUCACUGUUUCCCAAACUCAGACUGUGAGCAGAGAGUGUGAAUAUAAACCAGGAGAUUUCAAAACUUCUGAAACUGGGACCUGCCUAAAUGAUCUUGAUGUUACUUGUUACCCACCCGAUAAUCAAAACAAGGAAUCCAGCCACACCACAUCUAAAAAACCAAAACGUUGCCGUGACUGUGGCGAAACGUUUGCUCUGAAAGCCGACCUGCAAAGGCAUUUCACUCUCACAAAGAGACCGAGGGAAUGCAGGUUUUGCCAAAAACAAUACAACUCCACUUGUAAACUGAAGGCCCAUGUCCAACUCUGUCACGUGGAGAAACCGUGCCCAAUAUGUGGCAAGAAUUUUAAAUACAAAGGCGUUCUGUCCAGGCACAUGAUGAAUCAUGCAGGAGAUAAAUCAGCAGGAUAUAAACCUUAUACCUGUGUUCACUGUGGAAAGAGCUUCAGUCAGAAAGGGCACCUAACCAAUCAUGUACGGACUCAUACAGGUGAAAAACCGUUCAGCUGUGGAUACUGUCCGAAAAGCUUCAGUCAGAAAGGACAUCUAAAUGAACAUAUUCGAACACACACAGGAGAGAAACCGUUUAGCUGUGGUGACUGUGGGAAAAAAAGCUUUAAUCAGAAGUGGCUUCUUACCGAACAUGUACGGACUCACACAGGAGAGAAACCAUUUAAAUGUAAUGACUGUGGGAAAAGCUUCAGUUACAAGGGGGACCUAAGGAGGCAUAAACUGUCUCACACAGGAGAAAAACCGUUUACCUGUGGCGAUUGCGGGAAAUCUUUCAAUCAUAAAGGACACCUAACCAAGCAUAUCCUCACCCACACUGGUGUGAAACCAUUUAGCUGUAGUGACUGUGGGAAAAGCUUCAACCAGAAGGCAGCCCUAAAGACACAUAUUCUGACGCACACAGGAGUGAAACCGUUUAGCUGUGGUGAAUGUGGAAAAAGCUUCUAUCAGAAGGGACACCUAACUGAACACAUUCGCACUCACACAGGAGAGAAACAACAUGUCUGCUCAAUCUGUGGUAAAGGGUUCACCCAGAAAGCUCAUCUGGUGAGGCAUGUAAAUAACGUCCACAAGGAAAGAAAACUGUAUGAAAACGGAAAAGAAUAGACAGGCAGGUGGAUGUAAUAGAAACAAAAUGCUUUGUCAACCGACAGGGAAAAAUGUAAGAAUGUGACCAAACGAUUUGGUGCCAAUUCAUUUGAUUGAACAAUGUAGUUUAUCAUGUGUUGUACAUCAAGCUUUAUUGCUCUCAAUUAAUGGUGAUCUGUGACAUGCAGUGAGGUUUCUAAAAUGUCUUGGGGAAUUGAAUAAAUACAUGAAUGUGAAGAACUUGAAUAGGUGAUGUUCAUUUCCCCCUUUCUGCAAUAAUAAUUAAAUAUACAUGUCCAAAUGGCACUACAAAAAUUUUGAAUUUUUCUACUUGCCAGGGAAAUUAGAUUUGCACACAAAAUGCUAGAACCAUUAAACAAAUUUUAAGUCA